GUACAUAUUCUCCCUUGUCCUUAAGAGCAAAUUCUUCAGAAGCUAUAACUCCUCUGACCCCCAGAGGAACAACUGGAUUUGUUUCUUCUGCGACAACUAUUUCAUUUUCAAUUGGUCCUCCAAGUAACUGCUCCGAUAGGAUAACAAAUUGUGACACUUUAAAAGGGUACGGUGUGUGCCAUGCAAUGUCAGAACAAAGAUACAAUUACGAUAUUGCUUUCCUGCAGUGUAGGUCAACUUGUAACCUCUGUACAGAAGAAUAUAAGCCACCUGUGACAACUACCCCUCGACCGGCUAUUCAAUGCCAGGUGUGCGGGGACUAUAACAAAGAUAUUCCUUGUGAUACUCUUAGUUUUAACAUUGGGCCCACAGUCUCCUGUUCAGGCAACAAAAAUUACUGCAUGACGGACAUAGUGCAGAGCUAUUCCAACACAAAGGUCUUCAAAAGAUGCGUGAACGAGACUGUAUGCCGGAACCAGUGGUUACUUCAGACUUCCGACCAGGACCACUGUACUAACUAUGGUCACGUGCCAGUCAGCGGAGAUUACACGUGUCACUUCUGCUGUACCUCUAACCAAUGUAAUCAGGGCUUACUGCCCCAAUCAUCGACUCUGUAUACCAAAUCCUGAUUGGUUGUUUGAUGUAGAAUUCAUUUUAAUCAACUCAAUAAAUAUUGUUGAAAUUCCAUUUUUAAUUU